AUGCUUUCCUCUUCAGGCGACGACCAAAACACAGAACCGUUGAACACAUCGAUUGCGGAACAGUCGCUGAAGUGUUGUUUCGAUACCAGUAUUUUGGGUUCACUUCCGUCUUGGUUACACUUUCGGAUAACUGCCGUUCCGUUGGAAUACCAUUCCGACCAUACUAUGAAUGAUUCAGCAGGAGUAUCUGCUGAUUGCAAGGAUGCUACUGGUGCUAAAGCGGUGGCAAACUUCAAACCUUGUUUUAGCCAAACAGCUAAUGGGAAGGGCAUGUAUGAGGUUGCUGAUAAACACAAGUCUAAAGGGUUUGACACUUGUGCGGUUGAGCUUGCUCAAGUCGUCAAAGGUAUGAAAGACCCGGAUGAAAAAGAUAGCAAGAAAAUGGAGGAAUGUUUCAAUGAACUCAAGAAAUCAAAGGAUGCUAUUAUGAAAUGCUAAUUAAAGCUUACAUUAAUGCUGUAGAGAUACAGAUUAAUAAAACGUUUAUGA